UCUACGCGUCUGGCAGUUUGAGAAUGCCCACCGAGAAGUACAGAUACGUGCGUCUACCAAUAGAAAAUCAAGGUGAACGAGUCUUGACGGCCAUGCGGCCAGGCUGUCAUGCCGGAUGGUACUCUGAGAACUGGUCACUCAAAUACUGCUCUCUGUGUCCGAUAGGAAAAGUUGCAGUCGCCGGCUCUACAUCGUGUUCGCCGUGUCCUUCGGGUUUGACGACAAAAGAAGAAGGCGCCACCAACAUGACUAGUUGUCUAUGUGACGAAAGAUAUUGUGGUAGACAUGGAACAUGUUUUGUUGUGACGAGAGAAGGACAGCGGGCUGCUCAUUGUCAGUGUGAAUUCGGUUACACGGGUUCUCGAUGUCAGUAUCCUACGUAUUACAUCAUCACUGUCGUGGCAAUAGCUGUCUUGCUCAUUCUAUUGUGUCUCGUGGUCUUCCUGCAAAGAAUGAUCAAAUACAGACGAAUGAAACGAGCGAGAGAGAUGGAAGUGGAGGAAAUGGGACGCGUGUGGACAAUCGACGGAUCAGAGUUGAGGCUGAUCGAACGCAUCGACGGAGAGACGCCGGGAAGUUAUGGAAACGUUUAUCGAGCGCGGUAUCGGGACAUGAACGUGGCCGUGAAGAAACUAAAGAUGGUGAUGCGAGCAGGCAGACAGGAGAGAGAAUUCGAACGCGAGAUCUUAUUGAUGCGUUCCAUUCGUCACGCCAACAUCGUGUUGUUUGUCGGUGCAGGAAGAUUUGCAGCAGACGAAUGUCCUUUCUUAGUGUUGGAGUUUAUGCAGCGGGGUGCUCUCACUUCUAUUCUUCACGAUGAGUCGAUUUAUCUUGAUUACAUGCGACAGAUCACAUUCUGUUUAGAUGCAGCGAAAGGAAUGGAGUUUCUUCACAGUCUUCAACCUCCACGAAUCCAUCGUGAUUUGAAGAGUAGUAAUCUGUUAGUGAGCGAAGAAUGGACAGUAAAAGUAGCCGAUUUUGGUGCAGCCAGACUAGUCAAGGCUCAAAGAGCUAGACAAACGGUAGCACGACGUCGCGCUAAUGCCUUUGAAGCAGAAGAUCUUACGACGCCACUUCUCCAACCACACAGCGAUCUGUCACGCAGUGUAGGUGCCGUUUUGUGGAGAGCACCGGAGAUAUUUUUAGAGGAAGCGUACGGGACAUCAGCAGACGUCUACAGUUUUGGUAUCGUAAUGUGGGAAGUCGUUGCUCGUGGAUUUCCAUACGAAGAUCAAACGUUUGGGUGGAUCGAGGAUGUGAAGGAUGCCGUAUUGGCCGGGGUGCGGCCAACACUUACUCACGUUGACGCUCGUCAGGAUUACGUCGAUCUGAUGCGUCAGUGCUGGUCGUCUGAUCCCGACGAGAGGCCAUCAUUUGACAAAAUCGUCGAUCGUUUGCAUACCAUGCUUGUUACAUCAUCGAGAGGAGAUAGAUCACACGAACAUUUGGACAUAGAUGAAACAGGAGUAUGAUGGCAAAGAUUGAAUAUAGGGACACGUGACGAUUAUAACUGUUGAUGUUCUCGUCGUAGAAUUAUUUUGAGAUGAUUUAGAAAUUUGUGUUUGAAGUUGACCACCGUCAGAUUAGGUUUAGAUUACGUGUUCUCGAAUGACAACAUUUAGCAAUGUUUGAUGUGUGU